AAAAAGAAUGACAUCCAAAGAAGAUGCCAAGAGCUCGGCGGUGGAAGAGAGACGGAGGAGCCCCCUGGACCACCUUCCACCGCCGGCCAACUCGAACAAACCCCUCACGCCGUUCAGCAUCGAGGACAUUCUCAACAAACCGUCGGUGAAGAGAAGUUACAGCAUCUGUGGCACAGCGCACCUCAUCGCGUCGGAGAAGCACCCGCAGCCGGGCCUCUCGCUCUCCAACCGCGCUCUCCUCACGCAGACCUCCCCACUUUGCGCCCUCGAGGAACUGGCCAGCAAAACGUUCAAAGGACUCGAAGUGAGUGUCCUCCAGGCUGCAGAAGGUCGCGACGGAAUGACCCUGUUCGGUCAAAGAAACACGCCCAAAAAGAGGAGGAAGUCCAGAACAGCGUUCACGAACCAUCAGAUAUACGAGCUGGAGAAGAGGUUCUUGUACCAGAAAUACCUGUCCCCUGCGGACCGGGACCAGAUCGCCCAGCAGCUGGGUCUCACCAACGCCCAGGUCAUCACCUGGUUCCAGAACCGCAGGGCCAAGCUGAAGAGGGACCUGGAGGAAAUGAAGGCGGACGUGGAGUCGGCCAAAGCCAUCGGCUCGGUACCCCUGGACAAGAUCGCCAAACUGGCCGACCUGGAGAAGUGCGCCAACGGAACCCUGGGAAACCCCAGGUCCGAGUCCCCCGCCUUGUCCGGCCACGAGCAUCAGGAGGUGUCCAACAAACUGAGGAUGUCACCCCUGUCCCCCUUCACAGACCACACAACGAGUAAAGAGUGCUCAGAGGACGAAGAUGUGGAGAUCGACGUGGAUGACUGAGUGAUGACUACCUGAACACCUCUGAUGAUGGUGAUGGCGACGCUCAUCGCUCAUCAUGCUUGUCGUUGUCCUUAUUGUCACUGUCUCGCAAACACUAUGGACUCACAGUGACUUUUUUUUUUUUUCUCGACGAAAUGACUUUUUUGGUUGACGAAAAUAUGAAUAAUAAUAUUAGUCACAGCAAGCAUGAACGGUACGCGCGGUAAACGACACUGACUGACAGCCACAUCACUGAAAUCUCAUCCGUAUUUAAUCCGAGGAGAGACAGGCUUCAGAAAAAGCAAUAAGCAGCGCAUUUUCAA